AAGACAUUUUGUUGGGAACUACGGAAGAAUUUUGAUAAAUUAUACAAGGUAAAAGAAUGAAAAAAAUUACAUUAAUUAUUCUAAAAAAAUGAUUUAAAAUAUCUUAUUUAAAACAAACAAACGUGUAGCAUGUAUGCUUUAAUUCCUAACAAAUUUCUCACCCAAACUCACACACUUUUCUAUCCUAUUUCUACUAUUAUAAAGAGACGGAGUAGAGAGCUACAAACACACAAAAUUAAAGCAGCAUAAGCACCAAAUAUCUCACAAGAGUCUAUAUCCCUCUCUUUUCACACGGAAGCAUCCGAACCAGCUUUCUACAAACAAUUCAAAGUAAAACUUAUCUCGACCCUCUGCAUAUUCCCAACACUUGAAACUAAAACUCAUCACCCUUAUCUCCUUCACCCACCUUUUGCUCACUCAAGUUUGCUUUCGGGUCUAAGAAUUUCGCCCCUUCUGCAAGCUAUCUACCUAACAACACCAGCCGAAUCGACGUUCAGAAGAUAGAGUAAUCAUAUUGGACAAGAGGUAUUUUUUACUGCAUUUUUUCCCUUCUUGUUAGUUGUUAUUAAGUUAUUUUGCUCAUCUUGCUCUUUAUUCCCAACCUUUAAGACAAAAACAAGAAUGCCGGACUGAACAAAUAUAAGUGCUGCACAUGUGGUGUCUCUAUGAUGCAGAUUUAUUUUCAAUGAAAGCAUGCACAUGUAGUGUCAAUCAUUAUUUUCUAUGAUGCAUUUGGGAAUUUCUUAACUUAUUUUUAGUGUGUUUGGCUAAUUUUGUCAAAGUUGUAUACUAUUUGUGUCCCAAAAUUUUAUACUGUAUUAUUUUUUUUCUAAUUUUAUUAUAAUUCCUUUCUCUACGUCCAAUUAUUUUUUACCAACUAGUUAUGAGUCAUUAUAGACGUUCAAUUAUUUUUGAGAUUCCAACAUAGCUUUCUCUAUCAAAUUACCAAAUAAAACCAUACCUAUCACUUGCUGCUGCAUGAAUUCAGUUUACACAAACAUAGCAAUAUUCUUCUACUCCAAUGCCAAACAAUGAACAUACAUUAAAUAAUUUUGACAAUUACUUGGAAGCAUCCGCAUGUGGUGUCCAAUUAAAAUCUAUGAUAAAUAAAAUAAAGAAUUUUUUUAGUUGGAUAAUUUUCUCUAUAAAGUUUCUCUUCUAAAUAUUUAUUUCUUUAAAGUUUCUCUAUAAAGUUUCUCCAUAACCAUUGUUCAUCAAUACAACACCCCUGCGAUUUCUUUGUGUCAACUUCACUUUUUCCUCAAACAACCAUCUUCAUCUAACAAAUAUUCACAAACACGUGCAAUAAUUCCUUCAUAUCUCAUUUCACCCACACAUACCUGACCAUAUUUGUGUUCUUCACUUGACUCAAAAAAACAGAAAUCGUAAGAGGACAGUUGUUGGAAGAGUUUCAGAUUCUCUUCUUCUUCUCAUCAAGUUGGUUGCUGAAAGUCAUUAUGGACAAAUAUUCUUCUCAAAUAUUGCUACCAUUUUCUUUCAUCAUAACCACCUUUCUUUUCACUCAGGUCUUAAGUCAAUUCCAUGUUGUUGCGGAUAAAAUGUACAAUUCUUGUGCUCCUUUCAAUUGCGGUAAUUUUUUAAAUAUAUCAUAUCCUUUCUGGAAUCUUAACACUCAACCCAACUAUUGUGGCCGUCCGGAAUUUACACUUGACUGCCAAAAUGGCCUUUUGACUAUGGAAAUUCUGUCCCAGAAAUUUCGCAUUCUUGAUAUAAAUCAAUCCUCUCAAGUUUUGAGAAUUGCAAGAGACGAUUUAUGGAGUUUUGUUCCUGGAAAAGAGUUUCCUUGUCCCAAACAUUAUAUUAAUGUGGAAAUAGAUUCUCAUUUCUUUCAUUACACUUCCAACAAUGAAAUGUAUACUAUAUUGUAUGAGUGUGGCGAUCUUCCAAAUUCAUACUUCACUCCCUCGUUUCAAAUUCCUUUUGAAGUAAUGGGUUGUUAUAUUGAGGGAAAAUUUCAGAGUACAUACGUAGUUUCAAGUUCUAAAUUGACUGAUUUUAAUGCGGUGAACUGCAAGAAUAAUAUCACAGUACCUGGAAAAAAGAACUCUUUGCCAAACAAAUCACGCAUUACGAAGGGUAUUUUAAUCCAAGGAUUUGAGGUGAGAUGGAAUGGUGUUGGGGAAGACAGGUGCCGUGCUUGUACAAAAUAUGGAGGGAGAUGUGGAUACAAAAGAGUAGAAAAUUCAUUUUUGUGUCUCUCGAAGAGAUCUUCCGCCUCAAAAGGAACAUGGAAUUUGAAAAAGAAAAUCAUCACUGGUGUUAUUUCAACUGUGUUGGCAACACUCGCUGUCAUCACAUCCAUAUACUUUUAUAAGCGUUAUAAUAUACACUCUCGCAACCUCUCCUUACAACCUUUUAGACUUGAUAGUCAACGCAUUAGUAAAAGUCAAAACUUUGGGGUCGAGCACUUCAUCUUUAAAGAUCUUUACAAGGCGACAAACCACUUCGACAAAAAACUAGGAAAUGGAGGCAGUGCAGAAGUGUUUUAUGGAAAACUACCAGAUGGGCGUGAAGUGGCAGUGAAAAGGCUUUUUAACGGCGUCAAUAAUGAACAACAUUUUCUUAACGAGAUAAAUAUACUAGCAGGAGCUCGUCAUUCUAAUCUCAUCUUGUUACAUGGUUGCACAUCACCCGAUAGUCGUCGAGCUUUGAUUGUCUACGAGUAUGUUCCUAAUGGAUCUUUGAGUGAUCAUCUUCAUGGUGACAAAGCAACACCGAAUAAACUUCCUUGGGACAUUAGGAUGAGGAUUGCCAUGGAGACAGCAGAUGCAUUGAGCUAUCUUCAUCUUUCUCAUAUCAUUCAUAGGGAUAUUAAAACGAGUAAUAUUCUCUUAGAUGCCGAAUACCAUGUUAAAGUAGCUGAUUUUGGACUUUCGCGCCUUUUUCCUAAUAAUCAAAGUCGUGUUUUAACAAUUCCAAAAGGGACAUUAGGCUAUGUAGAUCCCGAGUACAGUCAAACUAAUGCACUUACUUACAAAAGUGAUGUGUUCAGCUUUGGAGUGGUGUUGAUUGAACUCAUAACAUCUUUGCGUGCUUAUGAUCGCAACAGAAAGGAUGAUGGUGUCAAUCUGUACGACAUGGCUAUUAAACGAAGUCAAGAUCAAACUUUGCAUGAUAUUGUGGAUCAUACCCUCGGUUUUGAUACAGAUUCCAUGAUAACCCAAAUGAUUAAUGGGGUUGCCGAGUUAGCAUUUCGCUGUCUCCAAAGUUCCAGUGAUAUGAGACCAACAAUGGAAGAUGUGCUCAAGGAAUUGAAAGAAAUCCAACCUCAAGUAGCCGGCAGUUCUACGCCAAAUGAUGAAAUAGUGUUGCUGAAUAAUGAUCUAGCUUGACUCUCACCUAGUUAAAACAAUACAAAAGUCUAGUUCAGUAAGUAUUUAACUACAAUAUGUUGUUAAGUAGUUUGCUUAUUUCAAUUAUUUUGGCUAACUUUAUGUAAAUAUAUACUAUGGAUUGAUUUCAAUGUAUCAUUCAGUGCAUUCAAUGUAUCAUUGAGUGCAGUUUUACUAUGAAAUGAGCAUUACAAAAUAUUACUUA